UCUAUAUAUAUAGCCAAUUCUUCAAGAAUUCAAAUCUCCUCCUCUCUCUCUGUCUGUCUCUCUCUCUCUCUCACCAUCAGAAGAACCAAAUAAUCCAUUUGAUCGUUGUAAUUAUAAAGCUGAUAAGCCAUGGGGGGUGGAAAAGAUAAACAUGACGAAUCUGACAAAGGUUUAUUCUCGCAUCUGGCUCAUGGUGUUGCUCAUGGAGGUGGAUAUCCUCAUCCUGGAGGAUAUCCCCCACCUGGAGGGUAUCCCCCACCCGGAGGUUAUCCUCCCCCUGGAGGUUAUCCUCCAUCUCAUGGCUAUCCACCCCAAGGAUAUCCCCCAGGACAUGGCUACCCCCCGGCUGGCUAUCCUCCGGGUGCUUAUCCUCCUGGUGCAUAUCCUGGACCCUCUGCUCCACACCAUUCAGGGCACGGUGUAGCAGGAAUGCUCGCUGGUGGUGCUGCCGCUGCAGCAGCUGCAUACGGAGCUCAUCAUGUCGCCCAUGGUGCUGGUCACUACCCCCACGGCGUUGCUCAUUAUGGUCAUCAUGGUGGAAAAUUCAAGCACGGCAAGCACGGCAAGUUCAAGCAUGGGAAGUUCGGGAAGCACAAACAUGGGAAGCACGGCAUGUUUGGUGGUGGCAAAUUCAAGAAGUGGAAGUGAUUUUUCUGCCAUCCCUUUUCACCGAGCCUUCUUCUUCAGUCGCUUUCAAGAACGGCCUCGGUAUAGAGUGUGGGGUAUCAUCUUCUUCUCUAAUCUCUAUAAUGUCUUAAAACAAUGAAUUAUUACCGUAUUUACUCUUAUUAUCUUAACUACUGUUUGUGGCUUCUGUACUCUUCCUGCUUGUUGCUAGACAUCAAUAAUCUGGAUCUUUCCAGUUUCCAGUUUCUACUAUCCACCUUAGUUUACUUU